UUUAACUCUUUUGCGGCAAUUACAGAAGAAGUAUUUAAACAAUACACGACUAUUUAAAUUUAUUUAUUCAUUGUAAGUGUUAAGUUAGUUAUAAAUUAUAUUAUACAUCAAGAAAACUCAUUCUUUUUACUUUAUUAUGGAUCAAGUUUUGGAAACGGUUAGGGACGACGAUUUCGUUGAAUAUUAUUUGUUCAUUCGACCCGAUGUGAUUCCUAAAGAUUCUGAAGAAAGCGGAAGACACACAAAUGCCUUAAAUGAUAAAGUUUUAGAGCUUGUCGAAGAAUUGUCCAACGAAUAUAUAUGGCACAAAGACCGAUUUAAUUUGAUUCCCAGAUUUUGCCCAGCAAUCGAAUUACGACAGUCGCUUUCACAGUAUUCAAACAAUGAAUUAUUAUCACCACAUCUGUAUGGUGUUACUCAUUAUGGAGAAAAUAUAGAAGACGAAUGGUUCAUUGUAUACUUACUAAGAGAAAUAACUAAAAAGUAUCCAGAACUGAUUGUCCGUGUUAUAGAUUCGGAUGGAGAAUUUCUAUUGAUUGAAGCUGCCGAGUGUUUACCGAAUUGGGCUAAUCCCGAAAACUGUGAUCAGAGGGUUUAUAUUAGUGAAGGCAAUUUGCAUAUCAUUCCAUUAUCUAAUGAGUAUAAAAAAUCAAUAACCAUUACACAAGCUUUAGAUCAAAUUGUCAAGUAUCCUACUGUCACUGUAGCCACAUCAAAAGUAAAUUCUGCCAUAUCAUCUCGUAUUGAAGGAUAUCCUGAAAAAAUAAAAGAGAACCUUCAUCGUUGCCAUGCGUAUAUACCGUUGAGUGUUGCAUAUUUGUUGAAAUAUCAGUCUAGUUUAAUUGCACCGGCUAUUUUAGCAUUUUGUCAUAGAGACCCUUUAGAUAUACGAGCUUGCCGUUUAAUGAAAAAUUUCCCUCCAAAGGAAAGAAUAAUGCGUAGUGUUACUAUGACAAAAUGUUUGUACGCAAUGCUUGUACAACAAAAAUAUACUCCUGAAAGGAAAACCGGUUGGAAUUUGGUAGAAUCAACAGAUCCUCAAUAUAAAGCUCAAAUUUUAGGCAUAAAAAUAGCUUGUGGAUUUGAAAUUUUAGCUUCUCAAGCAAAAUCCACUACCAAUGAUAAUCCUGUAGACUUGACGUACGACAAACGUUGGCAUCAAUAUAAAAUAGCAUUAAAAGAUAAAGGAUAUUUUAAAAAUUUAUAUGAAGGUUCAAAUGGAUACAAGACUUUAGAAGAACAAGCUCGAGAGUACUAUUUAUCGAAUGUAGAUGAAUAUUUGUCUUCACCUUCAAUCGGACAAAGGAUAAAAACUAUUUUAGACCGCAUUACUGAAGAUGAACUUGCCAUUAUAAAACAAGAUAUAAAUGAUCUCGAACCAGCCGAUGAUGAAAAGUGGUUAGAUAUUUCGCCAUCAGAAUUGGAUCGUAUUCUUGAACAAAAAUUUGGAUUGAGUAGCUCCCAACAAUCAUCUGCGUCUGAUUUUGCAUCAUCCUUUACUGAAAAAAUAAAAGGUUUUCUAAAUCGGGCAUCUGACAUAAAUGGUGCAGAAUUUUCUAAAAAUCAUCAAAGUGACGACUCUUCUGAAUCUGAAAACGAUGAAAACGCAGCCAGUGACAAACUAGCCAACAUGCUUAUGUGUGGACCAAAUGUAAUGCAACCAACAAAUGACGAUAAAGACUUAGUCGCUACUAGACAUAAGAAAACCAAAAAAGGUUUACCCAACAAAAGUGUGAAUUUCGAACCCGAAAAAUAUGAAGCUGCUCUUCGAAAUAUACUAGAUUUUAAAAUACCAGAUGACAAUUGGGAUGAAUCGGAUAGCUCUGAAAUGGAUUCGUAUGGAAGUGACUGUGAAGAUUUAAUGCCCAUCGGUCAAUUAGAAAAUCCGUCUGGUCCAAGUAUUUCUAAUUAUAUGGAUCAAAUGGACAAAGAACUUGCUUCCACGUCAUUGGGUAGUAGUUUUAUUAAAAAGUCACCUGGUAAUAUCAAACCAAAGAAAACCGUGAGGAUAGCUCCAACUGCAAAAUGUGAAGAUGAUGACGAUGAUAAUGAUUAUUCCGACGUUGAACAUUUUGAACCUGUUGAUAUUGAUGUAAAUGCUUUUCAAAAUAUACUCCAGUCGUAUCAAGAACAACUUGGCUUACCUGGACCAGCUGGUAAUUUGUUAGGACCAGCCGGUCUAAAUUUAGGACAAGGAUCUCCAAAAUAAUCAUUUGAUUAAUAUUUUUUAAAUAUAUGUAUGUUUAUUCUUUAAUCUAGAAUUUUUAUUCGAUUUUGUCAAACCUUAGUAAUAAUAUUACAAUAAAAAUUUUAGUUAUAUAUUA